AUGUCUGAACUAGUUAACAAGAUGGAAAAUUUGAGUGUUGGCGACAGCGCGCAAAAGAAGAGCGCUUACGUGCCUCCUCACGUUAAGAGACGGAUGAAGGAGGGGGGCAGUGAGCCAUCCUCGCGCAAUACGGAAAACUUUGGCAACGGGGGGCGCUUUGGUGGGUCUGAACACAACGGCUUUGGCGGCGGACGCGGGAGCUGGUUUGGCGGCAACGCCAGAGGUGGUGGUCCGCGGAGCAGUGACCGCGGGGGAUCAUCUAGAUUUGGUAAGUGGGUGGACGGCAAGCAUGUGCCCAUGAAGCGUAACGAGAAGCUAGAGGUGCAACUUUUCGGCACCCCAGAGGACCCAAACUUCCAGUCUUCGGGUAUUAACUUUGACAAUUACGACGAUAUUCCAGUGGACGCUUCCGGUGAGGACGUGCCUGAUCCGAUCACGGAGUUUACUUCUCCUCCUUUGGACGAGCUAUUGUUGGAAAACAUUAAACUAGCGCGCUUCACGAAGCCCACUCCAGUGCAGAAGUAUUCUGUGCCUAUUGUGGCAAAGGGCAGAGAUUUGAUGGCGUGUGCGCAGACAGGUUCCGGUAAGACUGGUGGGUUUUUGUUCCCUGUGCUAUCACAGUCGUUUAGCAACGGUCCUGCCUCAACUCCAGAUGAGUCCGGCUACUACAUGAGAAAGGCUUACCCUACUGCUGUGGUUCUAGCUCCUACCAGAGAGUUGGCUACUCAGAUUUUCGAUGAGGCGAAGAAGUUCACUUACCGGUCCUGGGUCAAACCAUGCGUUGUAUACGGUGGUGCUGACAUUCGUCAGCAGAUUAGAGAGUUGGAGCGUGGCUGCGACUUGAUCGUUGCUACUCCAGGUCGUUUGAACGAUUUGCUAGAACGUGGUAAGAUUUCGCUAUGCAGCGUGAAGUACCUCGUUCUUGAUGAAGCGGACAGAAUGUUGGAUAUGGGUUUUGAGCCUCAAAUUAGACACAUCGUGGAGGGCUGUGAUAUGCCUACUGUCGAGAACAGACAAACGCUUAUGUUUUCCGCCACAUUCCCUACUGACAUCCAGCAUUUGGCAGCAGACUUUUUGAAGGACUACAUUUUCUUGUCGGUCGGUAGAGUUGGUUCGACCUCCGAGAAUAUUACCCAGAAGGUUUUGCACGUGGAAGACAUUGACAAGCGUUCUGUUCUAUUGGACUUGCUAGCUGCUUCUGAUGGCGGUUUGACGUUAGUAUUCGUGGAGACCAAGAGAAUGGCCGAUGCUCUAACUGACUUUUUAAUCAUGCAGAACCUUUCUGCCACUGCUAUCCAUGGUGAUCGUACCCAGGCUGAGCGUGAACGUGCUCUAGCCUUCUUCAGAACCGGUCGUGCUAACGUCUUGGUUGCUACAGCGGUUGCCGCCAGAGGUUUGGAUAUUCCAAACGUUACACAUGUUAUUAACUACGACUUGCCUUCGGACAUUGACGAUUACGUCCACAGAAUUGGUAGAACUGGUCGUGCUGGUAACACUGGUUUGGCUACUGCCUUCUUUAACCGUGGCAACAAGAACGUUGUCAAGGAGUUGGUCGACAUUUUGGAAGAGGCCAACCAAGAGGUUCCAUCAUUUUUGAGCCAGAUUGCUAAGGAAAUGUCCUACGGUGGUGGUGGUGGUAAGAGUAGUAGAGGUGGCCGUGGAGGAUACUCGCGUGGGAAUAGUACUAGGGACUUCCGUCGUCACGGCGGUGGUGGCGGCUCCGAAUGGUCCAGCGCCAACAGAGCAAGCUCCGGCUGGGGUAACGCCAACAGAACCGGCUCCGGCUGGGGUGGCAGCUCUGGAUUUGGGGGUAGCACUGAAUCCUGGUCUAACGCUUCAAAGACUGUGGGUAGCAACAACUCCUGGUGGUGA